GGCUAGGUCAGUCGGGCUGCCCGGGUCGCGGGCCGCGCGGGUCGGGCCCCGCCCUCCCGCGCCGGCGCUGGCGGACGCCGUGCGGGCCCCGUCGGCUCUCUCCACGGCGCUCCGCCCGCCGCCGGCCUGCAGCUGCUCUGGCCUGGAGGGCUCCCGCCUACGCAGGCUCGUGACGCGGGGGCUGGGACGGGGCUCCGCGGACCCAGCGGGCGCUGCUGCCGCUGCUGCUGCUGCCGCUGCUGCUGCCUGAGCGGCUCCUGCGUCUUCGGUUUAAUUUAUUUUUGGAAAUCAAGUUCAAUAUUAAAAAGAAAAAGCACACAUUAUUGGAAGCCAUUUCUACUAAUCCGUUACAUUUUAACUUAUGAUUUGAUUUGAAUACUGUCAUGGGAGGAGCUGUGAGUGCUGGGGAAGAUAAUGAUGACUUAAUUGAUAACCUUAAAGAAGCUCAGUACAUCCGAACUGAAAGAGUAGAGCAAGCGUUCAGAGCCAUUGACCGCGGAGAUUACUAUCUGGAAGGCUACCGGGACAAUGCGUACAAAGACUUAGCCUGGAAGCACGGGAACAUUCACUUGUCAGCACCUUGCAUUUAUUCCGAAGUUAUGGAAGCUUUGAAACUUCAACCAGGAUUAUCUUUUCUUAACCUGGGCAGUGGAACCGGAUAUUUAAGUACAAUGGUGGGCUUAAUUUUAGGUCCUUUUGGAAUAAAUCAUGGGAUUGAACUUCAUUCAGAUGUGGUGGAAUAUGCCAAGGAGAAAUUGGAGAGCUUCAUCAAAAAUAGCGAUAGCUUUGAUAAAUUUGAAUUCUGUGAACCCGCAUUUGUGGUGGGUAAUUGCCUUCAGAUAGCUUCUGACAGUCAUCAGUAUGAUCGAAUUUACUGUGGAGCUGGAGUCCAGAAAGACCAUGAAAACUACAUGAAGAUCUUACUCAAAGUUGGGGGCAUAUUGGUCAUGCCUAUAGAAGAUCAGUUAACACAGAUUAUGCGGACUGGACAAAACACUUGGGAAAGUAAAAAUAUCCUUGCUGUUUCCUUUGCACCACUAGUACAACCUAGUAAGAAUGAUAAUGGCACACCGGAUUCUGUGGGGCUCCCCCCAUGUGCUGUCAGGAAUCUCCAAGACUUGGCUCGUAUUUACAUUCGACGCACACUUAGAAACUUCAUAAAUGAUGAGAUGCAAGCCAAAGGGAUUCCACAAAGGGCUCCACCCAAGAGGAAAAGAAAGAGAGUUAAACAGAGAAUUAACACUUACGUAUUUGUGGGUAAUCAGCUUAUCCCUCAGCCUCUAGACAGCGAAGAGGAUGAGAAAAUGGAAGAAGACAGCAAAGAAGAAGAAGAGAAAGAUAACAGCGAAGUUGUGAAACGUGAGGAGCCACCUCAGAACUUACUAAGGGAAAAGAUCAUGAAGCUGCCGCUUCCCGAGUCCUUAAAAGCUUACUUGACGUAUUUUAGAGACAAAUAACUUUACAAGGAAGAAUGCCUACUGAUAAUUCCCUUACUCUUGUAAAUGUAGUGUUUAUUAGGAGUUAGAGAAUUACUUCAUUAGAAUGAAUUAUCUCAGAAAAAAGCAUUAGUUAUUUCUCUUAAUGGCAGAAAUGAUGUAUUCAGUGAUUUAACAGAGUCUCUUUCCUAAAAUCUAUUUUUCUUAAAUCUUGAGAAAUUGCAGUUUUAGCUCAGUGAUCUCAAAGUGGAAUGUGUCAAUAGUUUGAACUUUUGUGUACAGUGAUUCCUUUCUGGUUCUUCAUGAAUUUGAAGUGUUGGGGGUUGAAUUUCAUUGUAUAAGAAGUUGAUAUAUUGUCACACAUAUAUAGACUUAUUUAAAUUGCAUUUUGCAUUUCUUUUAUGCGAGCUUGCUUAUCUAAUAAGGAAAGCAAAUGCUUGUAGACCUAUUUAACUUUUGUUCUAGACAUAUUCCGGGCGACAUGUGAGUGCAAUAAUAAUUCAAGAUGCUGAAUAAGUUAGCUUUAAAAACCAGAGACUUCAUGACAUUUUAUAGGCCUGAAACUUUUGCUUUUGAAUCUAUUGCCAAAAGACACAGGGAAAAUUCCUGCUUCUCUCAUUGAGAUUUUAAGAGCACAGCAAGUGAAUAUUAAAGGAGGAAGUGGCUACUUGACACAACUAGUUUUUAUGGGCCCUCUGUGUUCUCAGUAUUUAAAGAUAAUGAGGUUAUCUCAACUAGAAUUUUAAACAGUAGUAAAUUUAGGGCUGCUUUUAUGUAAUUAACUAUAAAGUACUAGAUUUGAAAAGACAUUCAUCGUCCCAUUUGCCUGUAAAUGUAAAAAAGUGUGUAAGUCACAGUAAGUGACCACUGCUUCUUAGACACCUCCAGUAGCAGGGGAGUGAUGUGGUCAUUGAGGCACGUCAGCAAGGGGACUUCUGGUUACGUGGAUAUUUAUCGUUGACAAGGUAGGCUCUUCUCGCCUCAUCUGCUCUGAAUCUUUCUGGUAUAGAUAGUCAUGGAAGUUGUAUGUAGAUGCCUUUAUAUUAAAAUUUGGUUCAGAAUCAUAGUGGGAUCUCUGGGACACAUACCAAGCUCAUUUGCCUUCAUUCUGUGUUUGAUUGUUUUUUUCUUUCUUUCUUUCUUUCUUUCUUUCUUUCUUUCUUUCUUUCUUCCUUCCUUCCUUCCUUCCUUCCUUCCUUCCUUCCUUCCUUCCUUCUUUCUUUCUUUCUUUCUUUCUUUCUUUCUUUCUAUGAUAAUGAUUUCACUUUUUGCUUAACAUUACCUUCUUAAGCUAUGUAGGAUAUCUGAUAAAACAGGCAGUGCAUUAGUUAUUGGUUCUUUUCUCCUAGUAAGGCCUGUACACAAUUAUCCCUUGUGAAGCUGUGAGAUGUGACCUACUUACUAUUUAACAUCACACAGAUUAUAUGCUUUUAAAGGAAAGUUUUCAAGGGUCUGUCUCACUUAUUCCCAACACAUCACUGUUAGAGCAACUACUCAGAUUUGCCUCAGGAAACACAAUCAUGAUUAUUUAAAUAGUUUUAAAUAACUCAGCUCCAAUAAUUCUGCAUUGAUGAAUCAGUUAAAAAAAGUUUAAACAUGAAAUUGACCCAAAUGAUUGAUAAUGUUUUAGUAGAGACAGUGUGAUGGAAAAAAUUCAUUUGGCUCUUGGUAGAAUGGGUGUGUCCAAUUUUUCUUAAUAUAAUUAGUAAACUAUUGUUAAGAAAUGCCCUAUCAUGUUUCUGUGCAAAAAGGGAAAGACACCUCCCACCCUCCCUGUGGUGGUGCUGUGAUUAAACCCAGGACCAGAACCUCAUGCAUGCUAAACAAGCGCUUUACAGCUGACAUAUAUCCUCAGACCAGCAUACUCUUUUGUUCUGUUAAAAAAUUUAUUUGAGAAGUUUAAUCUUGAAUUGCGGAUACACAUGAGAUUUUAUCUGAGAAGAGUUUUCAUUUAAUUUCCCCAUCCUGUCCCCCUACAUAUUUUUUUUUCUUGGAGCUGAUGUACAGUUGUCUGAAAUAUUCUUCAAUGAUCUUAUUAUUUAGGAGAGUUGUUAAUGAUAUAUUUGAAGGUGGGUGUUUUCAUGCUGUCUUCUGUUGACUUUGACAAAUUGUACAAUAGAUUAUCUUGAUCAUUGCAUUAUUGUCUCUGAAAUGUAUAUUUUUGUCCUUUUAAAUUCACUUAUUUUUCAGGUGUGACUUUCUGGUUGACUUUUAAAGGUAGGGAUAAGUGAAAAUUCAAGGAAAGCUGUCAUAUCUAUUAACUCAGAUGCAUUAGAUUAAGAAUAGAUGGGUUUGUGCAUAUUUUUAAUGAAGUUGUAUUUGUUUGAAUGUGGAAAGUUAUGUUUUAUAGUUAAUGGAGUAGUAAAUACAGAUGAAAUAAAAAUAAAUGGAAGAAAAUGAAAAAAAAAAAACCUCAAAAAGAAGCAAUACAAAAAUGCAAGUGAAAGGAAGCCAUAUGUGAUGGCUCAUGCCUGUAAUCAGCUCUUGAGAGGCUGAGGCAGGAGAAAUAGCACAAACUUAAGGCCAUCUGGGAUUUACAGAAUGAGUUUGAAGCCCAUCUGGGUCAUAAAGUAAGAACUGAACAUAAAUAAAAGAAAGUAUAUGAAAAUUAUGGGAAAUAGCCUCAUGAACUAACCUACAGACAAAAAUACAUUUAGUUUUAUCUUUGAAGACGAUGAAGCCUUGAAUGGUGGUGUGUGGUGCUUAAGUCUUGCAGCAGAUUGCAGGCAGGGCCUGAAGGAGCAUCCACCACCAUUGAAAUCCCAAGGGUCCGGCAACAAUGCCAUGCCAAGGGUGUAACUUGAAUCUAUUCUUCUCACUGGUCAACAUACUGGACUCUGAUUUUAAACAAAUGUUAAAAUAGCAAACAUGGUAAAAAUAAAAUACAAAGAGUGUGUUGAUUGUUUUAGAUGAAAGUGAAAGAAAGCCUGCUAAAUCAUUGGGCAACUUGGGAGGGAAAUCAUUUUAAAUAAACAAAUCACAUCAUUACACAGCA